CUCUGGUAUGCACGGCUGAGUGUUGUUUUCUGUCACAUGCGGAAAUGAUCGGAAUACGUUCUAUGUCUUUAUAAAUUGCACUCAAGUUCGGUCUGUCUGUGUUGUAACUUUUCCUUGUUGUUGACAAUAUGUUUUGGUUCAUGGACAUGAAGGGAAUGUGCUUUUUACCAGUUUUCUUGGUCAUCUGGUCAUCCAGCACGUUUAUUGUCUCCUACAUAAUUGCAUUGUUCGAGCAUGAUUUGGGUUUCAUCUUACCCUAUAUAAGUGAAAUUGGGGCUAAACCCCCAGAGAGUUGUAUCUUUGGCUUGAUGACGGUCAUCACUGCAUUUGCAGGUAUGGCCACCAUGUAUGCCAGAUACAAGUUUGUGGAGAAGCUCAAUGAGAAGGCGGGUGGUGUGCCCCCAGCACUGAACCAGGCUGCUUUCUGGAUUGGAAUGCUUUCUUGUUUGGGGAUGUGUUUUGUCGCUACUUUCCAGGAAACAACAAUUAUUCAAGUUCAUGAUGCAGGUGCAAUACUCUUCUUCGUUUCUGGUGUGUUGUACACCAUCCUCCAGUCCAUCAUAUCCUAUAAGGCCUUCCCCUAUGGAUGUUCCUUGGCCUUGUGUCGUGUGCGCACAGGAAUGGCAACCAUAGCCUUCCUGGCAGUCCCCCCCACUAUUAUUUGUGCCUUACUGCAUAGAACUGAAGACAAGGACAAUGUGUUCCAUCUGGUGAGUGCUGUGAGUGAGUGGAUCAUGGUCUUCAGCUUCAUCUUCUUCUUCUUCACCUACAUCCAUGACUUUAAAAAGUUUACUCUGAAGCUGAGAACAGAGUUUGUUUCCUGACGAAGCAUAAAUUUGAACCUUUUAAUCUGAAGAUUUACAAAAUCAAGUGUAUUUUUCUGUCCAUUCGGAAAGUAUUCAGACCAUUUUACUUUUUCCACAUUUUUUAACGUUACAGCCUUAUUCUAAAAUGUAUUAAAUUGUUUCUUUCCCCCAAUCUACACACAAUAACCCAUAAUGACAAAGCAGACAGGUUUUUAGAAAUGUUUGCUAAUGUAUAAAAAUAAACUGAAAUAUCACAUUUACAUAUAUAUUCAGACCCUUUACUCAGCACUUUGUUGAAGCACCUUGGGCAUCAAUUACAGCCUCAAAUCUUAUUGGGUAUGAAACUACAAGGUUGGCACACCUGUAUUUGCGGAGUUUCUCCCAUUCUUCUCUGCAGAUCCUCUCAAGCUCUGUCAGGUUGGAUGGGGAGUGUUGCUGCACAGCUAUUUUCAGGUAUCUCCAGAGAUGUUCCAUCGGCUUUAAGUCUGGGCUCUGGCUGGGCCCCUCAAGGACAUUCAGAGGCUUGUCCCGAAGCCACUCCUGCGUUGUCUUGUCUGUGUGCUUAGGAUCGUUGUCCCGUUCGAAGGUGAACUUUCACCCCAGUCUGAGAUUCUGAGUGCUUUGGAGCAGGUUUUCAUCAAGGAUUUCUAUGUAUCUUUCCCUAGAUCCUGACUAGUCUCCCAGUCCCUGCCACUGAAAAACAUCCCCACAGCAUGAUGCUGCUACCACCAUGCUUCAUUCUAUUCCUCCAAAUGAGAUUCUUGGCAUUCAGCCCAAAUAGUUCAAUGUUUUUUUCUUCUGACCAUAGAAUCUUGUUUCUCAUUAUCUGAGAGUCCUUUAGCUGCCUUUGGGCAAACUCCAAGCAGGCUGCCUUUUUCUGAGGAGUGGCUUCUAUCUGGCCACUCUACCGUAAAGGCCUGAUUUGUGGAGUGCUGCAGAAAUGGUUGUCAUUCUGAAAGGUUCUCCCAUCUCCAAAGAGGAACUCUGGAGCUCUGACAGAGUAACCAUCAAGUUUUUGGUUACCUUCCUGACCAAGGCCCUUCUCCCCCGAUUGCUCAGUUUGGCCAGCUCUAGGAAGAGUCUUGGUGGCUCCAAACUUCUUCCAUUUAAGAAUGAUGGUGGCCACUGUUUUCUUGGGGACCUUCAAUGCUGCAGAAAUGUUUUGGUACCCUUCCCCAGAUCUGUGCUUCAACACAAACCUGUCUCAGAGCUCUACAGACAAUUGCUUUGACCUCAUGACUCAGUUUUUGCUCUGACAUUCACUGUCAACUGUAGGACCUUAUAUAGACAGGUGUGUGCCUUUCCAAAUCAUAUCCAAUCAAUUGAAUUUACCACAGGUGGACUCCAAUCGAAUUCUAAAACCAUGUCAAAGACAAUCAAUGGAAACAGGGUCCACCUGAGCUCAACUUCAAGUCUCAUAACAAAGGAUCUGAAUACUUAUUUAAGUAAGGUAUUUCAAAAAAUGUGUUUUUGCUUUGUCAUUAUGGGGUAUUAUGUGUAGAUUGAUGAGGAAAACAUCAAUUUUAGAAUAAGGCUGUAACGUAACAAAAUGUUUAAAAAAGUGAAGGUGUGAAUCCUUUCCAAAUUAACUGUAUGAGACAAUCUGAAUGAUUACUUGAUUAAUACUGUAUCCAUUGCAACAUAACCUAAGUCUUAACGGUUAACCACAAAACAAAACACAUCCUGUGAACAGCAAUUCUAGAAUUUGUUGGGUUAAUGAAAGUCUCAUCCAGGUGGUACAAAGGUCAGUAUUGAACAAGAAAAUCACAAGAUCAAGUUAAGAAAAUGAAUUUCACGCAUCACUAGUUUAUGGAUUGAGGCUGUAUGUACAUUUACCUACUCCAAGGUUAAUUGUUUUAUAUUAGAAUGUAAAUAUUUUUCUAGUUAGGUAUUUUGCUCAAGAAAAACUCUUGUUUCUUAGGGUAUUGAGGCAUAUCUAUGGUGCACCAUUGUAAUAAAGUAACUCAGAAUACAUACAGGGCUACUGUAUGUGUGAAGUAUUUCUAUGUUCCCAUCAACAACAACAAAAACUGUUUGAAUAAAAUUAUGUCCACAUA